AUGCCGCCGUUCCGGUCCCUCCUCCGCUUCAUCCGCGCCCCUCCCCUCCCCAACACCGGCAGUCUAGCCCGCGACCUCCUCGCCUCCGAACGCACGUUCCUUGCCUGGGCGCGCACCGGCCUCGGCUUCAUCGCCCUCGGUGUCGCACUGGAGAAAGUCGAAGCUCUCGCCGCGCUGUCGCCCACGUUGCUGCAUCUCCAGGACAGCAGGACGAAGCUGGCCGCAGGCGUGCUGGUCGGGGCGGGCAGUCUGUGCGUCGGCCACGGCACGGUCAGGUACUUUAGUGUGCUUGACUUGUUGAAGGACGGGAAGUUCAGGCCCAACACGGGUGGAGUGUCCUUGAUGGCUGUGACAUGCGUGGGCAUUGCGGUCGUGGGGAGCAUUCUCGUCGUCGAGAACGAGGCGGGCAAGGCUGGGAAGCACGACAAGGAAGGGGAAAAGAGGGUCACUGUGUGA